AUGAAACCAAAAACAGAUGUUCUCAUCGUCGGAGCAGGCCCAACUGGUCUUGUCCUUGCUCUAUGGCUCCACCAUCAAGGUGUCAACGUUCACAUUUUCGACCAGGCAGAGGCUCCAGCGAAAGAUUCAAGAGCGAUAGUUGUUCACGCACGCAUAAUAGAGCUGUAUAGGCAGCUUGGAUUGGCCGAAGACUUGCUGGCACUUGGGUACAAGCUGCCAGCGACAAAUCUCUGGAUUGGUUCACAACACAAAGCACACAUUUCGCUAGAAGACUUCGGUCGCGAGUUGACUCCGUAUUCCUUUAUGCUGAGUAUACCACAAGACGACCACGAAAGAAUGUUAGAAAAACGACUGAAUGACAUCGGCAUCCAUGUUGAACGCGGGUCGAAGUUGCAAGGCUUUGUGGACCACGGGUCAAGCAUUACUGCCACCUUGUUCCGCGAGACGGAUGGGAUCUCAACCACACAUGAGGCGUCGUACAUAGUUGGGUGUGACGGAGCACAUUCAGCUGUUCGUCACGGGAUUGGUGCCAAAUUCGAGGGCGAAACAUACAAACCGAUGUUCUACAUCGCUGACAUUGAAGGCAAAAGCGAGAAAUUCUUCAACGGCGAAGGGAAUGUGGUCUUCACAGACGAUACUUUCAACCUGAUAGUUCCUUACAAAAAAGCAGGUCAUGCACGGUUGGUUGGUAUCCUGAUCCCAGAUAAGGAUGGCGAUGGCAACUGUGAAUCAUCCGGGCAUGAGCACCAGAUCACGUUUGAAGAUGUUCGACCCAAAAUCAUGCAAGCGAUGGAUCUGGAAAUUACAAAGGUCAACUGGUUCUCCACCUACCGCAGCCAUCACCGAGUGGCCGAAAGAUUCUGCAGCAAUCGUGCGUUCCUUGUUGGGGAUGCGGCUCACAUCCACAGUCCAGUUGGCGGGCAGGGUAUGAACACCGGAAUUAUGGACUCGAUCAACCUAGCAUGGAAAUUAGCGACGGUCCUGAAACAGAUGAACAUGACCGAGGAAGCAAAACACCAACUGUUGGAAUCAUAUGAAUCCGAACGCCGCUCCUUCGCCAUGAUGAUCGUCAAAUCUACGGACACGGGUUUUACAACGCUGACAUCGAAAGGAUUCUUCCCAUACCUUCUUCGAAAUUGGCUGAUUCCGUAUCUUGUGCCGCUACUUGUGAAAUUUGAUUUUGCCCGGACCAGAAUCUUCCGAGGCGCUUCUCAGCUCAUUUGCAACUACAGGGGCAGCAGUCUUUGUCAGCCUGGACAAGGGACCAUACAGCCUGGUGAUCGUCCCCCGUGGGCUGAAAUCAGCCAGGUGGACAAUUUUUCCACCCUGCGAGGGAUUUGCUGGCAGCUCCAUAUCUAUGGGGACUCUUUACCGCAAUUUGAGGAGUGGGCCCGGAAGAUGAGUGUGGAGGUUUUUGUCUUCCCCUGGCACGACCAAUACGCCAGAGUUGGACUGAUUAGGAAUGCUGUUUACUUGAUUCGACCUGACCAAUAUAUUGCAGGCGUUUUUGAGGGUCCGUCUAUUGAGGGGUUGGUUGAGUACUUCGAUGCCCGAGGGAUUCUCCUAGGUAGAGGUUAG